AUGUCUAAGCUAACGACAUUUGUUCCUCUCACAAAACUCAGGCCAUUCAAAGACAACUGGAGAAUUCAAGUGAAAUGUUUACAUUCGUGGAAGCAAAACACACCUUUUGCAGGUGAUACUUUCGAGAUGGUGUUAGCAGAUCAAUGGGGUAACAAGAUCCAUGCUACUAGCAAACGAUCUCUCAUGCAACGGAUUCAACGUGUCUUACCUAUAGAUUCUUGGGGAGUUAUUGAACACGUUACUGUGACUCCAGCUGGUGGUCAGUAUCGAACAACCAACUACAAAUACAAGAUGGUUAUAGCAGAAGACGCUGUGCUAUCAAGAUCGGAUUUAGUUGAUGAUAGAGUUUUUAUAUCGCUUGCUAAUUAUGAAGAAAUUGAGAAUGGAACCAAAAAGCAAGCUUUUCUCAUUGACGUGAUAGGAAGAAUUCAUGACCUUGGUGAUGUACAGACUGUACAAGUUUCUGGCGAAGACAGAAAGAGGGUUCUGUUUCGCUUAGUUGAUGCAGAAGGAAACAAUCUUGCAUGCUGUCUGUGGGGAACAUAUGCUGAGCAACUUGAACCGUUUUCUCUAAACGGAAAGCCUGAGUCAGUAUGGGAAAACACUUGGAUGUUUGUUAUGAUGCUUAUGAGUAACACUUUAUCUAAGCCUGAGUCAGUAUGGGAAAACACUUGGAUGUUUUUAUCUGAAGAUAUUGAGCACUCUAGGAGAAGGAAUUUUAAUAGACCAGGUCUGAUGCUGAGUGAUGACGACAAAAAGAAGUAUGCUUUACUUGAGAUUGAAAAAAUCUUGAAACGAUCUGGAACUUCACUUGCAAAAUUUGAUUCUAUGCCUAAACCGCCAAAGAUAAAGACUCUUCGAAGAGAUCUGCUGAAGAUGACUUGCGAGCAAAGAAAGAUAUAUGAGGAGAUUCUUUCUGCUGUUAAUAAAGGAGAUGGUGGAAUGUUUUUUGUUAGUGGUUUUGGUGGAACAGGGAAAACUUUCCUAUGGAAAUUGCUUUCUGCAGCUAUCAGAUCCAGAGGAGAUAUUGUUCUAAACGUGGCUUCGAGCGGCAUUGCAUCACUGUUGUUGCCUGGUGGUCGGACAGCACAUUCCAGAUUCGGGAUUCCUCUAAAUCCAGACGAGUUUUCUUCAUGUACUAUGAAGCAUGGGAGUGACCAAGCUAAUUUAGUGAAAGCCUCAUCACUUAUCAUCUGGGAUGAAGCGCCUAUGAUGAGCAAGCAUUGUUUUGAGGCUUUGGAUAAAAGUUUAUCUGAUAUUGUUGGGAAACACGACACACAACCAUUUGGUGGAAAGGUUAUCGUGUUUGGUGGUGAUUUUAGGCAAGUUUUGCCUGUUAUAAAUGGUGCUGGUAGAGCUGAAAUAGUUAUGGCCUCACUUAACUCAUCCUAUCUUUGGACGCACUGCAAAGUUCUUAAGCUCUCCAAGAAUAUGAGAUUGCUAUCAGCAGGAUUGUCACCAGCAGAGGCAAAGGAUCUUCAAGAAUUUUCAGAGUGGAUAUUAAAAGUUGGUGAUGGUAAACUUUCAGAGCCUAAUGAUGGUGAGGCAGAGAUAGAAAUUCCCUCUGAAUUUUUGAUUACAGAUUUUAAUGAUCCUAUAGAAGCAAUCAGCGAAGAGAUUUAUGGCACAUCAACUUCAUUGCAUGAAAAGAAAGAUGGAAAUUUUUUUCAAGAGAGAGCUAUCCUCUGUCCAACUAACGAGGAUGUUAAUACAGUUAAUGAAUAUAUGUUGGACAAGCUAGAAGAGUUUUUGUUUUCUAUUUCAGGUGAGGAAAAAAUUUAUAACAGUGCUGAUAGCAUUGAUCCCUCUGAUACAGGUGCUGUGAACAAUGAAGCUCUUAGUGCUGAUCUUCUAAACACAAUUAAGGUUCCUGGUUUACCAAACCAUAGUCUUAGACUGAAGGUUGGUUGUCCUGUUAUGGUUCUGAGAAACAUAGCUCCUACUGACGGCUUAAUGAAUGGGACGAGACUGCAGAUCACUCAGCUAAUGGAUUUUAUGGUUCAAGCUAGGAUUAUAACAGGAGAGAGGAUUGGGGAGAUAGUUGAUAUUCCUAGAUUGCUAAUAACUCCUUCUGACACCAGAUUGCCUUUCAAAAUGAGGAGAAGGCAACUGCCUCUUGCUGUGGCUUUUGCAAUCACAAUCAACAAAAGUCAGGGGCAAUCACUAUCUAAAGUAGGUCUUUAUCUACCAAGACCUGUCUUUUCACAUGGUCAGUUAUAUGUUGCUGUUUCUAGAGUGACUUCCAAAAAGGGAUUGAAAAUUCUGAUUUUAGACGAAGAUGGCAAACCACAGAAACAAACUAAGAAUGUUGUUUUCAAAGAAGUUUUCGACAACCUUUAACAGCUGAGGUAACAUAAUUUGUCUAUUUAGAAGUUUUUUUUAUUUUCAGUAUAUGUUUUGGUGCAUAAUUCUCACAUUUUGUUUAUUCUUAAAGAAAGUACAGACAAAUACUAAAAUGAUUAUCUUAUUUUGAUCGUUUCAGGUGUCG